UCUAUUCCAUCGAUCCUUGAAAAAAAUAAACAAUGGAGAAGAUGUCGGAUCUUCCAAGAGAAUUGGUAGAGGAGAUACUCUCUAGGGUUCCGGCGAAAUCGAUGAGGGAAGUCCGAUUGACAUGCAAAACGUGGAACAGUAUAUCGAAGCACAUUGGUAACGCAGCAAUAUUGGCAAGGGAAGGGGAGUUUCUGGGGAUCGUGGUGGUAAAUUGUAGGGCUUUUCUAAUAAGCCUCAAUCUCCAUGGAAUUCACAACAACACUGGUCCAAAAAUAAAGCGUAGAGCUAAACGUAUUAGCGUAAACGAUCAUGAUCGUGAUGAUGUGGCUAUAUACGAAAUAUAUCACUGCGAGGGUUUAUUGUUAUGCACUACCAAAGACAACACUACGAAAGACAACACUAGGCUCGUGGUAUGGAACCCUUAUACAGGGCAAACACGAUGGAUUUGCGUCGAACACAGAUCUCUUCUUCUCGAAUACACCCAUGUUAUCGGAUAUGACAAGAGCAAAUCGUGCCGCGCUUAUAAAAUUUUGAGAUUUUUUAUUUCUCCUAGGAGGAAAGGAUAUUAUGUGACUGAGAUGUACGAGUUAAAGUCUAAUUCAUGGAGGGUUCUUGAUGUCACUACUAGCCAUGAUAUAGCGCUUAUGUUAAGUGUCGUAUCUUUGAAGGGCAAUACGUACUGGCGCGCUGUACCUAUGGACAAUUCCGUACCUGAUUUCUUAAUCUGUUUUGAUUUUACUAAAGAGAGAUUUGGACCUCAUCUGCCUCUACCGUUUAAGUCUUAUUAUGAUAUUGUGACUCUGUCUUCAUUUGGAGAAGAGCAGCUUGCUGUGUUAUUCCAGCCUUCGAAUAGCUAUGGGAUGGAGAUUUGGGUUACUACUAAGAUAGAGCCCAGUGCCGUGUCGUGGAGCAAGUUCUUAGCCGUUGAUGAUAUGAGACCACUCUAUUAUUGUGGGACUUUCCUCAUUGACAAGGAAGAGAUCGCCGUGGUUGUUUUUCAUGAAGAUGACGAUGUAAUCCACUCCUCCAAUCCCCAAAGAGCUUACAUCAUCGGAGAAAACGGAUACUUCAGAGACUUGGAUAUCGGGAAAAUUACAGACAACGGGAGUUACUUGCGUAGUUGUUCUUAUGUUCCAAGUUUAGUGUUCUUUUGAGAGUCUUGGAUCUCAUGACAAACAUUCUAAAAUUAUUUUACACCUUUGGCAUCAACUUUGCUUG